AUGUCUGUGGUUCCUGAUGGGGGCAUUAAGUACGCCGAAACGAUGGAUGGAGGAAAGCCCAAACUUGGAGGUCUGAUGGAUCCCCGUCAGGGAUGUGUUGAUCGUACCUCGAUCUGUCAAACCUGUAGUGGUAAUACGGCUUCGUGUCCAGGUCAUUUUGCUCAUGUUGAGCUUGCGAAGCCCGUAUUUCAUAUCGGCUUUUUAAAGAAAACACUAAAAAUUCUUCGCUGUGUCUGUUUUUAUUGUUCCAAGCUCCUUGUUGAUACUCAAGUCCCGCGAAUAGCCGAUAUUCAGCGAAAGACCAAGAAUGACCCUCGUCGACGCCUUGCUUUCAUGUACGAAGAGUGCAAGUCCAGAACUGCCUGCCUUCCACCAGAAGAACUCACUAAUGAGGGUUCAGAGCUAAAACUGGAAAGCAAGACUACAAGGACUGGUUGCGGACGUUACCAACCCAAUUUCCGGCGUGUGGGCCUCGAUAUGACAGCGGAAUGGAAAGUUCAGAAUGAGAUCUCUCAAGAGAAAAAGACUAGCUUAACAGCUGAGCGCGUCCUUGAAGUAUUUAAGAGGAUUUCUGAUGAGGACUGCAUAGCACUUGGCUUAAAUCCUCAGUAUGGCCGUCCAGAUUGGAUGAUCUGCACCGUUCUUCCCGUUCCUCCUCUUGCGGUUCGUCCUGCUAUUGUAAUGUACGGUGCAGCAAGAAACCAAGAUGACUUAACACAUAAGUUGGCUGACAUAGUUAAAGCUAACAAUCAGUUGCGUCGGGACGAGCAAAAUGGGGCUGCAGCUCAUAUCUUGUCGGAGGAUGUGAGAAUUUUGCAAUACCAUGUGGCAACCUUGAUUGACAAUGAUAUUCCUGGACUUCCGAAAGCUAUUCAGAAGUCUGGAAGACCUUUGAAGUCAAUCAAGCAACGACUGAAAGGGAAGGCCGGGCGCAUACGAGGCAACUUGAUGGGGAAGCGUGUUGAUUUUUCUGCACGAACUGUUAUAACUGCUGACCCUAAUUUGUGCCUCGAUCAAGUUGGUGUUCCUCGAACGAUUGCGCAGAACCUAACUUAUCCGGAACGAGUUACACAAUCUAACAUAGAUUUCCUGCAGAAAUUGGUUCAAAAUGGGACCAUGUAUCCUGGAGCGAAGUUUAUUGUUCGAGAAAAUGGUGACCGAAUCGACCUUCGCUAUCAUCCAAAGGUAGCUGAUUUGACUCUCCAAGUUGGGUACACAGUUGAGCGCCAUAUGCUAAACGAUGACUUUGUUGUUUUCAAUCGUCAGCCUACGUUACACAAAAUGUCCAUGAUGUGCCAUCGAGUUCGUGUUUUGCCAUGGUCAACAUUUCGUUUAAAUUUAUCUGUUACUUCACCAUACAACGCUGAUUUCGACGGUGAUGAAAUGAAUCUCCAUUUGCCUCAAUCUGUUGAAACAAAGGCAGAGAUUAGUCAACUCGCUCAAGUUCCGCGCCUUGUCAUAACGCCUCAAGCCAAUAAGCCUGUCAUGAGCAUCGUGCAGGAUUCACUCACUGCUGCCUAUAAAAUGACUCAACGGGAUGUCUUUAUAAAUCGUGCUGAUAUGAUGAAUCUCUUAAUGUAUCUUCCUACUUGGAACGGCCGUAUGCCAAAGCCGGCUAUUUACAAGCCACAGCGAUUGUGGACCGGUAAACAGCUUUUCAGCUUGAUUAUACCUCGUCGUGUAAACUGUAUUCGAACCCAUAGUACUCACCCGGAGGGCGAAGAUGAUGGACCUUACCGUUGGAUUUCUCCAGGUGAUACGAAGGUUCUGAUUGAUGAUGGCGAUCUUGUCGCAGGAAUUUUGUGUAAAAAGACGCUUGGCUCUGCUUCCGGUUCUCUCAUCCACCUGGUAGCUCUGGAGAAUAGUUUCGACGUUGUAGGCAUGUUUUUCAACAACAUACAAACCGUUAUCAACAACUGGUUGUUGAUUGAAGGUCAUACAAUAGGCAUUGCAGAUACGCUUUAUGAUCAAGCAACUCGCAAGCAAAUAGGAGAAACUAUUACAAAGGCCAAAGAUGCUGUUUUCGACAUUAUUGAUCAGGCACACAAUUAUGAUUUCCAGCCCCUACCUGGUAAUACACUGCGACAAACUUUUGAGAAUCACGUCAAUAAAAUUUUAAAUGAGGCCCGUGAGAAGACCGGUAGUUGUGCGCAAAAAUCGCUCUCGAAAUAUAAUAACUUUAAUAUUAUGGUUGUUGCGGGAUCGAAGGGUUCGAGAAUAAACAUCUCUCAAGUUAUCGCUUGUGUUGGACAACAAAAUGUUGAAGGUAAGCGUGUGCCAUUCGGUUUCAGGCAUCGCACUCUUCCCCACUUUAUUCAAGACGACUACGGCCCUGAGUCAAGAGGAUUCGUUGAGAACUCCUAUUUAGCGGGUCUGACACCAACCGAAUUUUUCUUCCACGCAAUGGGUGGUCGUGAAGGCUUAAUUGACACAGCUGUCAAGACAGCUGAAACCGGUUACAUCCAACGCCGACUGAUGAAGGCAAUGGAGUCCGUAAUGGUUAAGUAUGAUGGUACAGUGCGCAAUCAAAUCAACCAACUUAUCCAAUUGCGGUAUGGCGAAGAUGGCUUGGAUGCUGCCCACGUUGAAUUUCAAAGAUUGCCAACCUUCAAACCAUCGGAUGAGGCUUUCGAACACAGCUUUCGCUUUGAUUUGAAUAACGAGCGUGCGCUCCGGCGUUGUAUGCCUGACGAUUUGGUUAGAAGCUUAGCAACGGACCCGGAAACUCAGGCUGAAUUAGAUGCUGAAUGGGACGUGUUGUGCAAUGAUCGCAAGGUUCUACGAUCAAUCAUUACCAAGCCUGAGGAUCGUGUUGUCUUGCCUUGCAACAUAGGGCGCCUCAUUUGGAAUGCACAAAAGCUGUUUGAAAUUGAUCCUCUCUCUAAAACGAACCUUCACCCAAGGCAGGUGGUGGAGCAAGUACGCGAGACGUGUAAGCGCUUGGUAGUGGUGCCCGGUGAGGAUGCAUUAAGCAAAGAGGCUAAUUCAAACGCUGUCUUACUCAUGAGUUGCCUUAUUCGAUCGAUGCUUUGUACAAAGAAGGUAAUUCAAGAACAUCGCCUAACAUAUGAUGCAUUGGAUUGGGUGUUGGGUGAAAUUCGAAAUCGCUUCCAACAGGCGCAGAUUCACCCUGGUGAAAUGGUUGGUGCUCUGGCAGCGCAGUCCCUCGGUGAACCGGCCACGCAGAUGACACUCAACACUUUUCACUACGCUGGUGUCUCGGCCAAGAACGUGACUCUUGGUGUGCCUCGGUUGAAGGAAAUUAUAAAUGUCAGCAAACGCCCGAAAACUCCCUCAAUGACAAUCUAUCUGACCGGACAGGCAGCUAGAGAUGCUGAACACGCGAAAGAUGUGGUCGCUCGCCUGGAGCAUACAACACUCCGCAAAUUAGUGAACUGUACAUCAAUUUACUACGAUCCAGACCCAAAAAAUACCGUCGUAAAAGAGGACAGAGAUUGGGUUUCUACUUAUUACGAUUUACCUGAUUUCAAUAUGGACGCUAUAAGCUCUUGGAUGCUUAGAAUUGAGCUUGCGCGUAAGCAAAUGACGGGCAAAAAGCUGACUAUGGAACAAAUUGCAGACAAAAUCGCCAAGUCCUUUGGUAAUGAUCUUAUCUGCCACAUUCCUGAUGAUAAUUUGAAGUUGGCAAUGCGCAUACGAAUUAUGAAUAGUGAUUUGGAGCAAAACAUGAAGGAAGCUGAUACAACCACUGAUAAGAUGGAAGACGAUACUUUCCUGCGCUUUAUAGAGGCAAACUUGCUUACGGAUAUCACUUUGCAAGGCAUUCCUCAGAUAUCAAAAGUUUAUAUGCACCAGCCUAAGACCACCGAUAAGCAGCGUGUCGUUAUUCGUAAAGAUGGUAGUUUUAAUUGCGUCACUGAGUGGAUUCUUGAGACAGAUGGCACCUGCUUAAUGAAAGUGCUUGCUCAGCGAGAUGUCGACUCAGCACGUACAGUGAGUAACGAUAUCGUUGAAAUUUUCGAGGCUCUGGGCAUCGAGGCCGUUCGUAAAGCAAUUGAAACAGAGAUGCACGAUGUCAUAUCCUUUGAUGGUUCCUAUGUCAACUACCGGCACUUGGCCCUCCUUUGUGACGUAAUGACCGUGAAAGGUCACUUGAUGGCGAUUACACGCCAUGGAAUAAACCGUCUUGAUACCGGCGCUCUGGCGCGCUGUAGCUUCGAAGAAACAGUGGAUAUACUGAUGGAGGCAGCAAGUCACGCUGAAUGCGAUCCUUUACAGGGUGUGUCCGAGAAUGUAAUGCUGGGUCAGCUUGCUAAAAUUGGUACAGGAUCGUUCGACCUUCUUCUCAACUCGGCCAAAUGUCAAGAGGCUCAGCCUAUUCCGAUCGUUGGGUCUGUUGGGCUGUUUAACGGUGGCGUUUUCGAUGUUUCCGCUGGAGCAUGGGCUAGUCCUCGUUUUGGUUUGGCUACACCUGGAGACAGCCUCUCCGGAUUGACCAGUGGCCCUGGUGGUAGUACUCCUUGGGACACUGCUGCUUCCCCAGCAGGAUCUCUUAUUGAGGCGUCGCCUUACGUCAGUCGCUUGGGUGGUAUGACUACACCUCACGAGGCGAUGUUUUCUCCGCAGGCCUACAGACACGAUCUUCCAUACUCUCCUGGUCGGAGCCCACAGCUCGACAGCCCAAGGACGCCUGAUGUGCUUUUCUCACCGGCUGCUAUGUCGGGAUUUGCCAGCCCUCUUUCGUACGCUGGAACUCCACAAACUGAGAUCGGUUCACCGGGAUCUAGUCCAGGUCAUUCUGGUAGUGGAAGUGGCAGUUCUUUUGGGUACGCUAGUCGUUUGAGCUUAGGUGCCGAUGCUAGCUAUUCUCCAUUGUCAAAACCAACCUACGGUGGUACUGGGAGUUCGUCGAGUCUUAGUCUUGGAGCCGACAGCAGCUCACCAAGUUACUCUGGGCAGCAAUUCUACUCGCCUGCCUCAGUGGGUUAUCAACCACGCUCUCCACAACGCAACAUAUCGAGUUUCGGUUUCGGGCCAUCUGUAUCCCCGUCGGGAUCAUCUCCGAAUAGUCUUGAUUCUUAUAGCCCCGGAAGCCCUGCAAUGCCCGGUGUAGGCAUGAGCUCGUCUGGACGGGCAGCUUCAAGCUGGAUCACGGGUGGUUCAGACACACCUAGUGGGUUCUCCCCGAGUAUUGACUCGGGGUCUUCCCUAGGAAACAGUUUGUCUAACUUCAACUCUAGUCAUCCCAGCCCUCCACAGCUGUACUAUGGUUCGCCUUCAGCUCCGCGAUACAGUCCACAGCCAUCGUUUGGCGGCUCUUCUAUGCUCUCCUACUCCCCGCAUUUGGGAGCUCCUAGCUCUCCAAUCAGUGGCACUUCGGGAGGACUGAGUGGCCCCAGUCACUCUCCGCUUUCUUAUCCUGCAACACCCAAUUAUCCAUUGUCCUCACACGGUGGUGCGACGGGCACUGGAGGCACUUCGAGCAUCAGUGGUCUUGGCUUGACCGGCACAAGUUACGGCACAUCCUACUGUCCUUCGGCAACCUUUAGCCCCUCUAGUUCCUUUCAGAGUUCGGCCUCGCACUAUAUGAUGACCUCUCGUAGACCAACCUCCCCUUCUCCCAGCAGCCCUAACAGUUAUUCACCAGCCCAGUCGUCUGAACAUCGAUAA